AUGUUAAAUAGCUCGUUAUAUUAAUCACCUUAAACAAAAAAUUUGAAAAGUGUGAUUGCUCCACAAUCUUCAAUUACUGAUAGGAAUUGUAAGUGAUUAUUUUAACCUUAUAGUAUCUCCUAGCAGAGCUAAGAUUGCUUAGUUAAGUGAAAAGUUAUCUGGAUUACAGAUUGAAGAGGAUAAAACCUUAAAAAAGGAAGCUUAUGAAUCAAAGCUCAAGCUUUUUGAUGAGAAAUUUUAAAAGGCUUAUUAAAAUGAUUUAAGCAGACUCAAAAUAAUUUAAGAUCAAUUGAGUAAAAUAGAAGAUGGAUUAACUAACGAAAAAAUAAUUAGAGAUGUUUAAAUUCAAAUUUAUAUUAUAGUCAAGGGAUGAUAAUUUUAAGUAGAGAGAUAUUAAAGGUUUAGAGUAGAAUAUAGUUAAAGAAUUGUAAAAAGAUAAAACAUUAAGAAGAGAAUCAGAAUUGAAAGUGGCUAGAUUAAUUGAUGAAAAAUCAUAUUAAUUUAGAUUGGAAUUAGCUAAAUAAAAGAAAAUGAGAGAAGAAACAGAAGAAUAAUAUUCUAAUGAAAUUGGAGAAAGAGUCUUAAACUUAGCAGAGGAUGUAUAAAAUGAAAGAAGAGAAAGGUAAUAUUUAAUAAUAAAUAAUUAAUAGAGAAGCUGCUUGUUAAGAGUUAAUUAGAAGAUUUGGAGAAUCUGUAUUUUAAAUAUAAGAGACAUUAACUAAGGAGAAAAGAUAAAGACAAGAAUCUCAAUCUUAAAUGUAUAGAAUGAUAGAUGAGAUGAAUAAUAUUUUAAAUUUAUAGUUAUAAGAAGAGAAAGUUUAAAGAGAAUCUACAGAAGAAACUAUGCUUAGAUUAUUGGAUGAAACAUGUAACAGAGUUGAGAACUCUUUAAGAAGAUGA